CAGCACAAUAUCUCUCCCUUGAUCAGCAGUGGAAGAUAAGAAUUUGCAUAAUUUCACUGAUAUUUCCUCUGCUGAAAGUUUCAGUGAAACUUUGCGCGUCUGAAUUCGCCCUGAAGCUGAUUUAUCCGUGCUAAGCGAGUGAAUUUGCUGUGAAGAGCGAAUGAUUAUGAUAGAUGGUGAGGAGAUAAGCAACCUGCCGGAGAAGGAAAAGAUGUGUGUAAAGAGAAUGCAAGAUUGCGACGAGUACCAAUCGUGAAAGUCACACACUUGAAGUUCUAGGCAUUGAAGUGCUGUUGAGAUCAUGUUGUGUGUUGGGGAAGAAGAAGGAAAAAAAACACGGGUUUUUCGGUGAGCCAGAGAAGAGAGAGAGAAGAGUCUCUCUUGUGUGUCUUUCCAGGGUCAGACUCUGCGCGCGGUUUUCACACCGCGAUGGAAAAAUGCCGCGAGGAAAAAUCGCUGCGCGCGCGCCUGCAAGAGAGUCGCGCUCUGCGAUGCCGUAAAACUCUUGAGCGCGCUCGCCUUGGUUGGUUGCUUGGAAUUUCAGUGGUCGCGCCGCAGUUGAAGUUGGUCGGCCGACGUUGGAGGAGCGCACAAAAGAGCGGCGCUCGCACUUUACCGCAAUCACAGUGAGAGAGAAGAGAGAAAAGAGAGCAAUUGAAUGUGACAAGAAGUGAUCCCGUGCGUGUGAAUCGAUGACAUUGGCUUGUAACGUGAUAACAGGACAAGAGGAUAAAGUGCGAUCAUUCUGCAUCAGCGCAAUCGCCGAGAGAGAGAUCAUCACAGUGAUUUCCCGAGAGUGGCUGCCGUGCAAGCAAGGCGUGUUUGCACAGAUGGAUGAGGCAAUAUGACUUCAACGGUGGACUCCGCGAGACAUUCGCUGCCGGAGGACAAGCUCGCGCGCCCCGUGAGCGCGUACGACAACUUGAAUGGGAAGAGCGAGGCGCGGCGGAGCGCCAGGGCGUCUCUGGGUGAGGAGAGGAACGGCGGCUUUCCCUACACUGAGAUCAGCUUCAAGUUCGGCGACAUUCCCGCGCGGCGCAGCGACGACGUCAUGAGUGACGCCACGAGCGCGGAACGCCAAGCGACUGAGGCGGCUGACAAGAUGAGUGAGAAUCUCGGCGAGUCAGUGCAGAGUGAUGAGCUGAGGCGGCAGAACUGCAAGGCGUCCAUCAGCAGUGCCAAAUCCAGCUUCUUUGGCCUCAACGGCGACGCACAGAGCAGCGGCGGCGUUCCGCGGCGGAGGAUCCGACUGAGGAUGGACGAGGACGAGGAGGAUUCCGAGGAGUAUGGCGAGGAGACGGUGAAGCUGCUGCCGGAAGUUGUCAACACCUUCAACAGCACGGCGUCAACGUCCAAUAGUUACCAAAAUGUGCCGCGAAACAGUCACAAGUUCCAGAAGCAGCUCAGUUACGUGCAAGAGAUGAAACUCGUGGACUCCUCGUCGUCCUCCGAGUCGCCUGGACAGGCGGACGUUGUGCCCAGGCUCAAGAGUCCGGCGAAGAGUGUGUCAGAGAGUGAGUCGAAUCGCUUAAGUCAACCAUCACAGUCAGUCUACAUGGCCACAACAGUGCCGCAGAACAUGAAGCCAGCGCAGAUUACAGGACGUCACGUCCCGACGCGAUCGAGUUUAAGACACUCGCGAAUGCUCGUGGUGAAUAAGAGCUUCAAAGAAAAUGGAACGCCAAAUCCGCUGAAUUUGCGACAUCCGAAGUGGGGAAAGUUCUUCCUGAUCAUGCAGAUCCUCAGCGGCAUUCUGGCGCUCGCCAUUGGCCUGUGGCUGCUGCUGUGGGCGCCGAGCACGCGCGCCCAGGACAAUCCCUACUGGAGUGGCAUUCUGCUGAUCAUCGCGGGCUCCAUUGGCUGCUCGCUGAUGGACUUCAAGAGGGCGCCGCGCAGCAAAUCCCGCGAGAUGUGCUUUCGCGCGCUGAAGAUCAAGUUCAGCGUGUGCGUGAUUCUGGCCACGCUGGCAUCUCUGCUGGCCUCACUCUUCGCCGCCGUGCAUCUGGGCGCCUUGUCCGCCACGUCCACCAACUGCCUGCCGUCCAACAUCUUCACCAUCAGCUCCACGUGCGUGUGUCUCUUCGGGCGGCGCAACGAGACGACGGAUCACCUCGAGAUCCUGCGACACACCAACGGAGACGCGCACGAGGACCCGGACGCGCCCGUGGCGGACACCGGCGGCACGGAAUUCCACUACAGAGACCUCAAUUGUCGCGAGGUCGUCGGUCCUUUCCGCUACAUCUUGAUGGGUUCUAUUGUUACAAAUCUGGUGGGAUUUAUUGCGGCGGCGAGUGUGCUGAUUCUGUAUUGGACCGGAAGACGGCAGAGACGGAGAUUUGAGGCUGCAGGACCUCUUCCGGGUGUGACACAGUUGCCGUAGUGAAAGAUAAAUUAAUUGUAAGGUAUUUGUUUUUGCAAUAUAUUGACUCUCUUUCUCUCCAUGGGAAAAUGCUCAGUGUGAAGUUUGCCGGAAAGUAGACUGAAUGAGUUUGUGAGAAAAAGGCGCAACGCUUCAAGUUUUCCAUUUUUAAUAUAUAUUUUCUAAAGGUGUCACAGAACAAUGAGUGAAUAUUGUGUACAAAAUUUGUUAAAUCCUAUAAUUACAAUUUUUUGCAGGAUGAAAAAAAUCCUGGCUUUUUG